AUGAAGGACCACGAGCUCCCAUCCAUCGCCCAGAAGGCGAUUGAGCAUCUCUUGCGUUACCAUGAUAGCUGCCACACGGGCUUGACGGAUCUGCACAAAGACAUCAUCAAGCAGAGGAUCGAAGCACUUCUCCCCCUGAAAUCGCUGGCAGCCGACAAUGACGUUGCCAACAUCGAAAUUGUCUCGGACGCAGCCAUGUCAUUUCUCGACGUCUACAACCUGGAGCACCUGGAGAAUCCGCUCAACCACAAGUGGCUGUACAUCGGCGUGCAGACUCUGGCCUCCAUUGACCUCAAGCCCGCCCUGGUGAGCGGAGAGGUGAGGCGCCUCUCAGAGGCCUCAAUCGAGACGGAAACUCGCGCCAUUGACUCUAGCCCAGACCGCCACGACAUGUCCCAGCCCGACGAGACCGAAGCCCACGAUAUUGCUGAUCCCAAUGAUAUCCAUCACAAUCCCCCGACUGCGCCGGCAUCCAAUACUGACGACAGACCUCGAGAAGAGCAAGCCUCGGCCGGAGGGGAAGAGUCGCCUUCCGUGAAGACCACUCGGUCCAGAAGGAAGAGGAGGUCGAGCGGGUCGCAGGCCGCGAACGGAAAUGACCCGUGGGGAGACGAGGAGAUCAUGAAGUUGAUCAAGUGGAAGGUGCAGGGCAUGACCCAUAAGGAGGUCGGCGCCAGGCUUGGCAGGAGUGAGCCCGCGUGCGCCAUCCGGCACUCAAUAGUCCUGAAGCAGGAUAGGUGGAUCGAGUUUGCUCGGGCGUACCGGGAGAAGAGGGCGGCUGGCGAAACUUCGGAUGCGGAGGGCGAGAAUGAGAUUGAGAUCGGGGAGAAGGACGAGCUGGCCAAGGAGGAUGAGGAGAUGAAGGAGCCAGAGGAGCAGGAGGAUUCUUGCGAGAUGAGUUGA